AUGGUCCCGGACAACGCCACGUACUCGUUUGAAGACGCCGACGCCGCAUUCGGAGUUUUUCUCCUGACUCACUAUCCGCCUCCCAUUCCCCUUCCCCUUCCGCCUCCCCCUUCCUCUUCCCCUUCCCCUGCCGCCCCCCCUUCCCUUUCCCCUUCCGCCUCCCCCUUCCUCUUCCCCUUCCCCUGCCCCCGCCCCCUUCCUUUCCCUUUCCGCCUCCCCCUUCCCCGUCCCCUUCCCCUGCCGCCUCCCCUUUCCCUCCCCCUUCCGCCUGCCGCCCCCCUUUCCCCUUGCGCCCCCCCUUCCCCUUGCGCCCCCCCUUCCCCUUGCGCCCCCCCUUCCCCUUGUGCCCCCCCUUCCCCUUGCGCCCCGCUUUCCCCUCCCGCCCCGCCUUCCCCUUCCGCCCCGCCUUCCCCCGUCCCCAGGCGGCCUCAUCCCCUCGACGGGCAUGCGCGGAGUGCUCCGCCGCGCCGUCCCCUACGACGCAUGCGAGCCGCUCACGAAUUCCGCGGGGGCGGGAUCCGCGGAAGGGGAAUCCGCGGGGGAAUCGGCGGAGGGAUUCGCGGAGGCGGAGUUUGUGCUUAUAGAGAGGGGCAACUGCCUGGCGGAGGGGGAAUGGCGGAGGGGGAAAUGGGAGGGGGAUUGGAAGGGGGGGAUGGAGGAGGGCAGGGAGGGAGGAGGGCAGCGGCACAUGGCGGCACAUGUGGGGCAUCGCCAUCCCAGCAGUUCUGCUUUAAGAGGGCGCCACAUGUGGGGAAUCGCCAUUCCAGCAGUCUUCGUCACUCAAUCCUCCGGCCACGCACUUAUCAACAUCAUCAACCGCUUCCCCCUACCCUCCUUCCACCACCCCCCCUCUCUCCGCCCAUCCUCUUCCCCUCUCUCCCCCUCCCCCUCCCAGUGUCAGGGCGGCACAUGUGGGGAAUCGCCAUUCCAGCAGUCUUCGUCACUCAAUCCUCUGGCCACGCACUUAUCAACAUCAUCAACCGCUUCUCCCUACCUUCCGACUCCUCCCCCUCCUCCUCCGCCUCCUCCUCCCCCUUCUCCCCCUUCCCCUCCCCCUUCUCCCCCUUCUCUCUCCCCUUCUCCUCCCCCGAAUCCUCCCCUCCUAUCUGCGUUCUCCUCCCCACCUUCGACAAUGCGGCCUGGUCUGUUAUUACCGCCUCUUUAGUAUCCCUUCUCUCACUCUCUAUAGUCCUCGCCUCGUUUCUCUUUAUAAGACGGCAUAGACUGCGGCAGGCUGUAGCAGCUGCCGCUACAGCCAUGGGCGCGGGCGGCGCCGGUCGGCUGCUAGCGGCGCGUCAGGAGCCGCCCGGGCUGUCAGAGGAGGAGGUGAAGGCGCUUCCAGAAUUGGUUUUCCCGCCAAAAGGGAAGCAUGCGAGUAGUGUGUCAGUGUUUGGUGGUGGCUGUAGCAGGGUCGGCUUUGCAGAUGGAAGCGAGGAUGGUGAUAGUAGCAGCUGUGAUAGUAUCGGUGGUGAUACUAGUGGUGGUGAUUUUAUCAGCAAUGGUACGACUACCGCUGCUGGUGCUGGUGGUGCUGGUGGUGCUGGUGGUGCUGGUGCUGCAAGGGGAGCAGAGGGAGGAGGGGGGGGCGAGGGAGGAGAGGGAGAAGAGGGGACAGAGGGAGCAGUGGAAACGGGGGGAGGAGAGGGCGGGGAGGGAGGAGAGGGAGGAGAGGGAGGGGGAAGAGAGAUGGAGACGUGUGCAAUUUGCCUGGAGGAUUAUGAGGGGGAGAUGGAAACGUGUGCGAUUUGCCUGGAGGACUAUGAGUGGGGGGAUAGGCUGCGCCUGCUGCCCUGUUCGCAUGAGUUCCACGUUGACUGCGUUGACCAGUGGUUGACCACUCGUCGCCCGUUCUGCCCGGUCUGCAAGCGAGACGCACACCCCCCCACCCACCUCUCCCCUUCCUCCCCUCCUCUCGCCUCCACCUCCUCCUCCUCCACCACCGCUUCCGCUGCUUUAGCUUCCUCUUCCUCUGUCGCUGCUUCGACUGCUCUCUUCGUCUCCUCUCUGCUCUACCCUCUCAUCCGCUCCUUCUCUCCCCUCCCAUCCCUGCCCACCGCAUCCAACUCCACUAAUACCGCACCCAACCCCUCAAAUUCCGCAUCUGGAAGCAGCAGGAGAACCAGACCUUCCCGAUCCUCCUCCUCCUCUUCUUCCACCUCCUCAUCCUCCUCCUCCCUCUCCUCUCCAUCUCCCCACUCUCCCACAAACCCCAUCACCGCACUCCACCCUCCCGGACUCUCUCUCUCCUCCUUCCCCCCCUCAGCCACCCCACCCACCUCCAUCCCCACUCUCCCCUCCUCCCACUUCCCCACUCCCCGGUUCAUCGCAGCUUCAACCGCCUCCUCCUCCUCCCUUUCCCCUCCUGACCCGUCCCGCGAACCCUUUUUGCUGCAUCACCCUUCGAGGGACUCAGAUGAUGAAGAGACGGGGGAGAUUAGACCGGUUCCCAUGCCAGGGUUUACCCCGCCGUCGCCUCUACCCUCUCAUUUGCAGGUCACAGAUUGA